GAGCGACUUAACUCUCGGAAAAAGCAAAAGGGGAAGUCUGCAAAUAAAGGGAGAGGAGGAGAAACGUUAGAAACCACAUGUGGCUGUUAGGAGCCAUAAUCCAGCUAUGGAGCGAGACAGAAUCGCUGCCCUAAAACGCUCAUUUGAAGUGGAAGAUGUGGACUCUUCCUCACACUCUUCAUCGCCUCAUACACGGCGAGCGCCAUCCAAUGUUCAGAGAUCGGCCAUGUCCCCGACCAGCGGAAGGUAUUAUGAGCUGGGCUCCAAUGGCACCAAGCCCCCUGACACCUCAAAGCCCAAAGCCCGAACGCCUGAACCGGUGUCUCGUAGGACAGAGCUAGGCUUUGACAUCUCAUCAAACAACAAUGGCAAAGCUAUUGAAGGCUCUCCCAGUCCUGGCACGGCUCGGUUUGGGCUAAGGAGGCCAGAUGUCUUAAGCCACAGUAAGACACCUGAGACGCAGAAGCACACGGUCACCUUUAGCAAGACACUGGAGACUAUUGCGCCCAUCACUCGUGCUGCAUCUACCAUUGUUCCUCAUGCCAGUGCAAAACUUCCAGAGACCACCUUCAGGAAAAGCGAGCCACCAAGCCCUGCAGAUGGAUCAGCAAGAAAGCCUGAAAUCAGUGUCACCAAAUCAACAGACACCAGAGGUCAUGACAGUCUUCACCAUCCACCAGUUACAACAAGGUGUCCAUCACCUAAUCAUGUUGGACGGAAAUCCCCAAGUUCUGACGGGCAUCGGCCAGAGGUCAUUACAAGUUUUUACGGCAGUAUGGCAGAUGUAGGAAAGACCCCCGUGACACGCAAUGAGAAGACUAACAGUGACUUUGGCUAUGUGGGCAUUGAUGCCAUCUUGGAACAGAUGAGAAGGAAAGCCAUGAAACAAGGCUUCGAGUUUAACAUCAUGGUAGUGGGUCAGAGUGGUCUGGGAAAAUCCACGUUGAUGAACACACUUUUUAAAUCUAAAGUUAGUCGCAGAUCUUUGAUGACAACAGAGGAAGAGCGAAUUCCCAAGACAAUUGAGAUCAAGUCCAUCAGUCAUGAUAUUGAGGAGAAAGGAGUGAGAAUGAAGCUAACUGUCAUUGACACUCCAGGUUUCGGAGACCAGAUAAACAAUGAGAACUGCUGGCAGCCCAUCAUGAAGUUCAUUAAUGCACAGUAUGAGCAGUAUUUACAGGAAGAGAUCAACAUCGAAAGGAAGAAGAGGAUUCCAGACUCACGAAUCCACUGCUGCAUAUAUUUUAUUCCUCCUACUGGACACUGUUUGCGGCCAAUUGACAUUGAAUUUAUGAGACACCUGAGUAAAGUGGUAAACAUCGUUCCUGUUAUCGCCAAGGCAGACACACUCACCCUGGAGGAGAGGGACUUCUUCAAAAAGAAGAUAAGAGAGGACUUGCGAGCCAAUGAAAUCGACAUCUAUCCUCAAAAGGAGUUUGAUGAGGAUGCAGAGGACAGAAUUAUUAAUGAGAAGAUCAGGGAGAUGAUCCCAUUUGCUGUGGUGGGAAGCGAUCAAGAAUAUCAGGUCAAUGGAAAAAGACUUCUGGGCAGGAAAACAAGAUGGGGGACAGUAGAAGUUGAGAACACUGCACACUGUGAGUUUGCCUACUUGAGGGACCUGCUCAUCAGAACUCAUAUGCAGAACAUCAAAGAUAUCACAAGCAGCAUCCAUUACGAAAUGUACCGUGUACGCAGACUCAAUGAGAAUAACACACAGGCAAACGGGCAGCCAGCAAUCCACUCCAACGGCGUACCUGAGCACGAGGUCCUCUCUCAUGAAAUGUAAAGUCCUGACCAUGCACCCGUCCAUCAUUCAGUCCGUCCAGCUUUUUUUCCCCUUCAAAUCCUCACUUUUCAAUAAUAUCUUCCUCCGUUCAUUCUGACUGGCUGCGUCUGCUGACUGUUGUUUUUUUUAACACCAAAAAAAUAUAACAGAUCUGCGGAAAAUGAAUCUUUGAGCGUGUAGAAAAAAUGUGAUGUUCUGUCUGUAAUGAGAGUUUUAUUAAAGAUGUGUUACUA